AUGGACGGAGACGGAUUCGACGACUUGUGGAGCUCGCAGCCGUCGGCGAGCGGCCCUGCCCGCGCCGGUCUCGACCUCAACUCGCAAGCGCCGGUGGCGGAGGGGUUCCCGGGGCUUCGGUUGUACGGAGACUUCCUCCAGGGCGACGACGUCGAGCUCCUUCCUGGACGCGGCAGGGGCUCCGACCUCCCUCCCUAUCGCCCACCGCCCGGUCACGGAGGAGGAAACGGUGGCGGCUACACCGGUAGGUCGUCGUCGGGGGCAGGCGGUGGUGUUCGGCAGCGCGCGAACUCGGCCGCCGCAGCAGCCGGGCGGCGUCCCCAGCGCACCAACACGGCUUCCCGUGGCAACGGUGGCCAGGGCGUACCGCUUCCCCAAGCACCGAGGGCACCGAGGAGUGGCGUCCGUGGGCAAGCAUCCGGCUCCGACGCUACCUUCGACAUUAACGAUGAAGCAAUGGAGGAUAACGUGGAGGAGUUAGGGAGCUCCGGCGGUCCCCAAUUGUGCAUAGAGCAACGUAGAGCAGGAACGUAUAUUGGUUCACAAAUGAGUGGUGAAGGGUACCAAGCCGUUGUCGAUGGCUUACUUACCAGAAGAAGGUUGGUGUACACCCAUGGACAAGUGAAGAACCAAAUAGGCGUACUCAAAAACACCCACGCUUUCUGGCGCUACUUGCAAACGCACACAGGGUUGGGGAGGAGACCAGAUGGAUCCAUUGAUGCAGAUCAUGAUUUCUGGCUAACUCACACAGAGAAAAAACCAUACUUAAAGAAGCUGCUGACGAGUCCUCCAGCAAACGAGGAUUUGCUUGAUGAACUGUUCAGAGGGUACACUGUGGAUGGCACCAUAGCCUUUAUGCCUGGUGAUGAUUAUAGUGACAAUGAGGGGCAAGAUGCAAGGACAGAAGAUGAAGAAGAAGAAGAGUUUGCACAAACACCUACAAGUAGAAGCAGCCAGAGGAGCCAGAGGGGCAAGAGGGCAUUGAACAGCACUACAAGCACUUUGACCAGUCCAGUGAAGAGGAGCAAGAGCCCAAUGGUGAAGAUUGUGAAGGACAUAGUCAGUACCUUCAAAGAAUCUGUCGCAGCCAACACUAAGCAAAUCCAGAAACGUGCAAAUGACAAGGCUGCAUUUUCUGUCAAGAGGUGUCAGGAGCUGGCAUUUGAGUGUGGCGUUGAAAAAACCGUUGACUCUGUCUAUGCUAUGUCCAAGAUGUUCGAAACAGAGUACCAAAGGGAGUUUCUGUGA